UCAAAAGCUAAAGAGCCAAACGAGUGGAGACCAUCAAAUUCAUCGUCGCCACACUAGAAACCCUAGGAAAAAUUCAUAUCCCUGGGAAUCGCCAUUGCUGCUCGACAACUGGUGCUUCUUCAUAGCAGAGGAGAUAACAUUAAGAAAGAAGAGGAAUUCUAAUCUUCGAAAUCAUGGUUUGCAUUAGACAAGCCACCAUAGACGACCUGCUGGCGAUGCAGGCCUGCAAUCUCCUCUGCCUCCCCGAGAACUACCAGAUGAAAUACUACUUCUAUCACAUCCUCUCUUGGCCUCAGCUCCUUUAUGUCGCCGAAGACUAUGGCCGUAUCGUUGGCUAUGUACUAGCCAAGAUGGAAGAAGAGACCUCCGAGUGCCACGGCCACAUCACCUCCCUUGCUGUUCUCCGCACUCAUCGCAAGCUUGGACUCGCCACUAAGCUUAUGACCGCUGCUCAGAACGCCAUGGAACAGGUCUUCGGUGCUGAAUACGUCUCUCUCCAUGUCCGCAGAAGCAACCGCGCUGCCUUCAAUCUGUACACUGAGACACUUGGUUACAAGAUCCACGACGUCGAGGCUAAGUACUAUGCUGACGGUGAGGAUGCGUAUGAUAUGAGGAAGCAGCUCAAAGGCAAGCAGCAUCAGCAUCAGCAUCAGCAUCAGCACCAUCAUCAUCAUCACCACCACGGCGGGUGCUGCUCUGGUGAUGCCAAGGAUUCGAAGGAGGCAAGAGAAGGGAAGGAUUCGAAAGAGGCCAAAGCGGCUGCUGCUGAAUGAUGAUUGAGCAGCACAGUGGCUGCAUCUGUAAGGACUAUCGAUGUGAUGCAUAUUAGUGGACCUAAAAGACUGGGGGGAGAUCGAAAAUGACUUGGGAGGAAUGGUGAGAAAAUAUGGGAACGGUUUUUGGUCAACAAGAAGCAUGGUUUUGAGAAACAGGAUCUUUCUGGUCGAUGCUAUUUAAUUGGAAAAGGCUAGUUGAAUUGAGUAGUAGUUUACUUUGAUCCAGAGUUCCAGACCAGAGAUGCGUAUAUAUUGUUUGUUGAGAUGGUAUAUCUCACAACUCUACUCUGAAUUCUUCACAGGAGUUCUUACUUUAAGGUUCUUCUACCACUUUGAGCUACUCAAUGUUUCUUGUUCAUUCCGUGUGGGCACCAUUGUAAUUGGAUCAUCCCAACUGCUUAUCAGCUUAUCAGCUUUUCAUUCUCUUAAUCUUUGGCCCUUUUUUUGUUUUUCUUUAAUUUAUUCAUUUUGCUUCACAGUCAAUGUUGUUCCUCUGCAAAAUACUCGGUCACAUUGGACCACAUCACUUUUUAUAGUAUUUUCAACUAUGCCUUCUUUUAUC